CAACAGACGCAGAGGAUGUCUCUCUCCAGAAAACAGUGAAAUGGCCGACAUUCAAGAGGAAACAGCUAGCCCUUCUAGGCAUUUGCGGUUUUUGAUGGACAUCAGAAAUGACGCUUCCAUCAAAGAGCGGGAAAAUACAGAAACGGAUUUAGAACAAAAUGAACUCGGCGUUCUUGCCCAAAGUGUGAUCCACAAGGACUCCUACUCUGUCGACGGUUUUUCUUCUCGUGAUGAUUUCUCUUCAAGACCCGACAUUUCCAGAGACAGUUCUUCAAAUAAACAGGCUAGCGAAGACAGUCUGGGCAGUUUGGUCUUCGGUCAAAACCAAGACGUGGGACUUCAGUUCGUGAAAACGAGACGCAGUAAAAAACAGCCUGAUGUUCUUCCUGAAGUCCCGGAUGUGGCGUCUCUGGUGGCCAUGUUUGGGCUCCCGAACCCGUUCAAGGAGGUAGCCCAGAGAAACAGCAUCAUGGUCGACCGAGAACUUCUGGACGAUUUUACCCUUCUGACGCAAGAAAAAGACCGAUUCAAAAGUUACCCAGGCCGCUGGAGAUACUACAUUUGGCUAGUGCUAUGUACGCUAGGGAUGCUUUACUGCUUCUCCUACGCUUUCAUCUUGAUCGUAUGUAUGCUGGGUUUCAUACCAAGCAGUCGCCUCGGUGACAAGUUGAAGCUAUACUGCAACUCUGGGACCACGCUGUUUCUUCUGUAUUACCUUCUGGUACAGUUUGUCAUAUUCAACCAGUUUUACCACGCGCUUCGCUGGUUGAGGAAUUUUUCGCGAUUCAAGUUGUUCAGCGUCCGAAGGAACAUCGCCAGCCGUUCUCAGAUGCGCCCGGUUUUUCAGCUGUUUCUCUACUAUUGCUUGUUCGUUGGCAUCGAUAUCAUUGACACAAGUUUGGACUGUGCAACUGACCAGGAGUUUAAAGUGGACCUUUUCUUUUUUAACGUAGCAAAGGAUGAACAUAUUCCGAGAACUAUUGCGGAAUGUUACGGCGUUACUUUCCCCAUAAACGUUAUCUUAUUUCUACCCGUUUUAGCAUACGGGACGGCGAGCCUUGUCAUUGCCCAAUACAUCAAAUGCCACGCCCGUCUACUUGACCGAUUUAGGGAGAAAAUGCAAAGAUUUGGACCCGUAAAAUCACUUCGAAUCAUCAAGGAAAAAUUUCUUUGGCGACAAACCGAUUCUUUACUUGAAAUAGAUAACUUUAUUAUCCAUAUAAUGUACUUUGGAUCGGGAACUGUGCUUAUAUAUUCCAAUGUCUUCAUCAAUGGCAAAGACAACGACUUUCUGAAUUGGAUUCGGAACGUUAUUGAGAUUUUACGGAUCGGAAUUAUUUUCUUGCCGCCAUGGUACGCCAUUUCUGCGGCUCUGAUCAAAUUGCAAUCGUCGUACACGCACCUGCGCCGUGACGUAGAGUCACGUGUGCUUCAAGGCGAUCAACCAGAGAACGCAGAAUUUGGGUGGGAUGUAACAAUGGGCGUGUUUUACACCGCGCCUUGUCGAUCAAGAGGCUAUUUUUCCCAUUGGCACGGCGUUACCAUUGACAAAUAUUGGAUUAUUACUGUGACGCUGAGCACCGUGAUGCUGAUUUUUUGGAACAUCGUUGGGAACAUGAAAGGGAUCCGUUACGACGAGGAAAACAUGGAUUACGAUCACAUAAAAUGCGAUCAGUGGGUGAUCGCACUCAGUGCCGUUUGCGGGAUGAUUUUAAUGCUGACUUUUUUGAUGCAGCAGCCUAAGGCGCGCGUUGGUGUUGUCUCCAAGCAGCGGGUGUCACCAGAACAUACCAAGAUUGUUAUUAUCAUUGGAGUCAUUGUCCUGCUACUGGUCAGUCUUAUACCAGUGCUUGUAUUCUCAAUCACCUGCCCAACAGCAGAUGAUUGCCCUUGCUCGCACUCAAAUUUUAGAAAUAUUUCGAUUAUUGAUCAUGAUCAUGAACAUUGACAUUGAAAACGUCGUGGUUGCGCCAUCAGUUCUAAGAUGUGGGUUAUUUUGGGAGAAGGUAGAGACAUUAACCUCUUAAUUGGUUCAGAUUCUUAUAAAAACGUUAUCAAAAGGAAAACGCGAUCUUCACAUUAAGAUCUUGAUCCUUUUCGCGUUUUAAUCACAAAACGCACCUAUAUUUCUUGAGCUUUUUCAGCCCUUACUGUUGCUGCAGCUGGCCAAUGGAUUGACCAAGAGAAGACAGAAAGCAGACGAUAACAGCCUUAUAUGCCAAGCACACGAAUACGCUUUCACUUGUUAUGUUGUAAUUUACAUUCUUUUCCUGAUAAAAAUUGAAAACUCUUUCCUCAAAACAUUGGAGAUGCCAACGUACCUCUUCAAUUCCGUUCAUAGCGCAAUGUGCACUUGCAAUAGCAAUAGCCCUAGGCCUAUGGAUUACCCUUGGCCUGCAGAUUAAGACAUAGGCCUACACUAAUUUCACCAUUUUUUUAAAUGACAACUGAAUUACACGAUCAAGCCUCAUAAACGAUGUAUAAUUGCCAUUUGUUAUCUUCAGCCCGAUUGAGAACAAACUGCAGUUGCUUUUGACAGAGAUUUCUAUCAUUCUUAAGAUCAAUUUCAGAAGACAAAAUUUUAAAAUCUUAUAACUAAAUCAACGAAAGAAAAAAAAAACAAUCGUCAAUUUCAGAAAAAGGAAAUUUAAAAGAGGCAUUCAUGCAUAUUUUGACUU